AUGCAUCCUGGUGGACCAGCAGGAGGUAAUGAGCGAGGAGAAGAGAGGAGGAGACUGCCAAAAGUGAAGAACCCCACUAAAUUCUGGAAGAACCGCAGAAAGCAGAACCACAACCACACUGAAGACAGUGAGGUAGACGGUGUGGAGGAGCAGCGGGAGGAGCUGCUGGAGGAGGUCAGCAGGAAGCUGAUCCUCAGGGAGGAGCAGCUCUUCACUCAGGACUGUCCCAGUGAGGACGAGGACCAGCUGCACAAAGACCUGGAGGACCUGAAACUGCACAUCUGGAUGGCGGUCCACAACACCUUCACCUCCCCCUCCUCCUCAGAACAGCUUGACGUCCUGAGGAGUGCCAUGGCCUCAGUCCAGCAGCAGGAAGUGCAGGACCGGCGCUGGACGGAGACAGGUCCUGAGGACAGGUUCCCGGCAUGGCGUCCUCUGAGGUGCCUCAGCACUCAUAACACUCUGCUGCAGAACAUGGUGGAAUCCAGACUAACGAAGGCUGCGGAGGACGAGUCGAGUGGAACCAACAGACUUUCCUCACCCCUGAAGAGGGAGGUGUGUUGUCUGGGGAGACGUGUGAGGGACGACCUGCUGAUGGUGGCAAGGACGGUGAAGGACUGUUACCCUGCAAACAUGGACAUCCUGAACAUCUAUGCCGCCCUCUACCAUCAGAGGUUCUCGGCUCGGCUGACUGAACUCGCCUCGUCUGGACUGGGAAUGGACGACUGCAGCUACCUGCUGUUCUGGGUCAACCACUGCUACCCACAUGAUAUAUUAGAACAUGAAGACCUGGAGGGAAAGAUAAAGACGGCCUGUCUGGGUUCUCUGCUGCUGCAGAAUCAUCUGAACCAGCUGGAGAACCAGUACUUAACCCACAAAGAGGACCAGGUGAAGCUGUGGCUUAACACUGCGUUAAAGAAAGAAGAGGAGAGCUGGUUGAGCGGCAACAUGCCUGAACUCAUUGACAGCUAUUACUUCAGCCCGCUGGCCGUAGAUGUCAUACAGGUAGUGAACAGCUUCCUGACUGAGUUCACCUGUGUUAUAAGAGACCAGAGCAAAACUCAGAGGAUCACAGCUCACUUGGAGAACUUCCUCAUCAGCUACAAGAAGAGCAUGGAGGAGUUUGUGAGGGGAAACCAUGGCAACGCCCACUCUGUGAUCAAAGCUCAUCUGGUCUGUGAGGAGCAGUUCAGGGAUUACAUCACAGGUGAAACAGGAAGUCUGUCUGAGCAGCAGAGACGACGCUGUCUGGAAACACUGUCUGCCCUGAGAGAUUGUGGGUACAGGUAUUUCACCUGUCCCAUUGACGUCCAGCUGAAGGUGUGUUACAGAGACCUGUGGACGUCUGUCUGGUUGGACGGCUCACUUCCUGUCGUCUCCUCUCUGCUGGACUCUCUGAGCCGACACCUGAGGGACCUGACUGACCUGAAACCGGCCUGCAGGCAGUCCCUGCUGAGUGUCGUCCAUCAGGACGUGGUUCUUCGGUACGUGAAGAGGAUGAUGAAGACCAGGAUGAAGAGCAGAGAGCAGCAGGGGGGCGGAGCUCAGCGGAUGAAAGAGGAUGCUCAAAUGAUCAACGACUUCUUCAGAGAGGGGGGCUGCAGCGGGUCCUUGUGGCUCGGGGAGGUUCUCUCCAGCAUCGCCGAGGUACUCCAUCUGCAGGAUCCAGGAAGUGUUCAGCUGGAGAUGGUCAGUCUGGCCAGGACGUUCCCAGACCUCAGUGACGCUCACGUGUCGGCACUGCUGUCUCUGAAAACCGACCUAUCAGCUGCUGACGUUCGCUCCAUCAGGAAGAGUGUUGAGGAGAACCGCCUCUUCGAUGUCUCCACCAAUCAGAGCCCUCCGUUCUUCUCCAAGGUCAAAGUAAAAUGGAUCGAUAAUAAGAUCAAUAAGAUGGGACUGUAG